AUGGCCGACUCGGACCCCCCAUUGAGCAUUUCCGCGCCGUUGUGUGACGACCCUGCUGCGCCGCCUCCUACCACUCCUCCUUCUCCUAUUUCUGCUUCUAGUACUUCUUUUCUUUCUAGAGUCGCCAGCAGGCGGCGGUUCGCGCGGCGGGUGCUGCAGAUGGAGCGGGAUGAGGGCCACGAGUGCCACCCGACGAGAGAGGAGCUGCGGGUGGGAUACCACUGCAUGGUCGAGCACGACCAGUGGCUGCAUGUGCACGGAAACUGCUGGCAUGCUGAUAUGCCGUCUGUCCAGCAGGUGACUGAGCUUCUGCAGCAGUUCCCGAAUCUUGCGUCUGUGCGCGUGCCACUGCGUGGUGACGUGGAUUUGGGCCCGGGUGACGUCAGGACGGUGCUGGACGCGGUGGCGGGGCUGGGGGCGCUGAGGAGCUGCCACGUGCAGGCUGACGUGGCGGGAUGGAUGGAGCGGGAAGAGCGAUGUGGGCGGCGGGAUGAGGAGACGGAGGAGGAAGAGGAGAAAGAGAAAGAGAUAGCACGAGAGUGGGAGAGGCGGUGGGCUGAAGAGGAUGGUAUAGUUGUAAAGGUUGCAGCUAGAGAGCUGGUGGCAAGGCGUGGGAGAGAGAUCAGGCGAGAGAGGAAGGAGGCGAGGAGAGAACAGGAGCGGCAGCAGCGGCGGACGGAAAUGAGCCGCGCUAUUAAAGCAGGGCUCUUAGGUGUGGUCUCCAGGGUGGCUGGGAGGGGGGCUCGCCUGUCUCCUGAUCUGUUUCUCGGGCUCGAGUCUCGGCUGCAGAAGCUGAUUCUGCUGCACACUCCCUACAGCAGUGGCGAUAGCGACGGCAGUGGCAAUGGUGGCAAUGGGGAGCGUGGGGAUGGUGACUAUAGCGAGGUGGUUAUGGUGAUGCACGGGUCCGCCUGGCGUCUGUCGCAGCUGCAGGGGCUGGAGACGUCGUUAAGAGUGCCGUUUGACGACGACCAAGAGGAGUUCGAGGAGGGGCGUGGCGUGUGGAGCCAUUAUCUAGGACUCACAGAGGAGGUCCCGGAGGAGGAGGGAGAGGAGCAGCAAGGACUUGCACAUGCCCCAGCCGCAACAGCAGUCGGAGUAACAGCAGCAGGAGUAGGAGCAGCAACAGCAGCAGGUGGGCCAAUUCGAGGGCUGGCCUCGUUGCCGCUCCUCUCCUCGCUCACCCUCCGCUCCUCCCUCGGCCUUCCCCCAUCCAUCCGCCACCUCCGCCACCUCACCCGCUUCCUCGCCCCCAAAGCCCUCCCAGACACCUCAGACGCCCUCCCCCUCCUCCCCAACCUGCAAGUCCUCUCCAUGACGGCGGACGGAAUAACCGCAGGCGCGCCUCUACCCGUGUCUCUGCGCCGGCUACAGCUGCGCUACAACCAGUGCAGCCUGCUGCACGCUGCAGGGCGGGCAGCCGAGUCAGUGGAGCACCUGGAAGUGACAGCAGUGGGGGCAGGGGGGCAGGACUCGUGCGUGUACGGCGACUUGGUCCCCACGCUUUCCCCACACCGCUGGGACCCAGCGUGGAGGGGCGAGGGAGACCGGUUCUUGUUCCCGAACCUCCGAGAGAUGAUUGUGACCAAGUGCUGGGGGGGUGCUAUGGAGGUAGACAUGGGUCCCCUGCCAAGCCUCACACACCUGUCGGUGUUUUGGUCCGUGCGACUGCAUGGGAUCGACCAGGGAUGGUACUCUAACCUCCGCUACUUGCACUUGUAUCAGCCGCUUCCCGAUUGCCACUGGGAAGGGAAGCCCGGGGGGGAGCUAGGCUCGAGUAAUCUCUUCUCCCACCUGCCGAGCCUCCACUCGCUAGUGGUCGACAAUUGUUGCCAGCUGGGCGGCAGGGAGAUGCUCGCGUCCCUGUCAGCGCUGACUCAGCUGCACACGCUCGGCCUGUCCGUGAUCCGGAAUGACAUGUGGACAUUAACUUGUCGCACCGAGGUGCCUUGGUGGGCCUGGGACCACGGCCUUGAGGCCUAUUACCAGAACAACACUCAAGUGAUCCACUUAAAGCCAGAGAUUGCCUGCCCGGCGUCCCUCCGAGUGCUGCAAAUCGCCAAGUGCGACCUGCCCUUCCUCCCUGACUCCCUCGCCUCUGCCACCGCUUUGACUGAGUUGACUCUGCACCACUGGACUAACCUCCAAACGCUGCCGUCCUUCUUUUCCUCCUUCACUGAACUGAGGAGGAUUCGGGUGACUGGGUGUGGGGAAACGAAGCCGAGUGCGCCCCCCGGCUUGCUUCCCCAGUUGAAGGAUAGGAACUGGUUCCAUUCCGUGGACUGUGAUGGCUGUAGGGAGCUGCACAAGCGUGAGCCGUGCGGUGAAUGA